AUGGGCGAUCAUCAACGAUCGUCGUCUGUGCCUCAGUUGGACAGAUACUUCUUGCAUUCAGAAGAAAACGAAGCUGUCCUUGAUGAUUACAGGAAAAGAAUCGCCACCCUUGAAGAACAAUCAAGGCAGUCGACAAUUACUACGAAAAUGUCUCCGCCUCCGUCAAAACCAACAAUUGUCGGUGAGUAUCCGCGCCCCAUGCAUCAACAUUUUGCUCUACAACAGAGCGAAAUUAUAAGCUUUGAAAGUGAUAUAGCUAGCAAGUUGGGGGACGACGAAGGUCAACUUUCCUACCUGAUCCACUAUUGUAGAGAUGAGGCUAAAGACGCCAUUGAAUGCUGUGCAAUCCUAGACCCUAGCGAG